AUGCCUCUGACUUCGCAGCAAAACCCACUAGUCACAAGAAACAUUCAAUGCACGAGGGAAGGUCAGAUCACCAACCACCAGACCAGGGCAUUAAAUGCGUUCCCACGGCCAAGGGGACAGAACCCACGAUCAGGGCGGUGGCCGAGAUUUGCCGAGAUUUAUGGGGGUCACACCACCAUGCUUCUCAAACCCAAACCACCAUGCUUCACGAUCCCAAAUGCUGAUUUGAGUACCCACUUGCCCCGGUCAGGCUCUACCACGCAGGUCUUGUCAGCCUCGAAUGUCCCUCCAGGACUCUUAAAAAUACUAAGCUUAGGACCACAUUCAAGUGGUUCAAACACCAAAACCAAAAGCCUCCCACAGAGCAAAUUAUAUUUUCAUAUCGUGCUGGCACACCAGCGCACAACCGCACCGCAUCCAAAAGAAGGACGUCACGUGUUGACGCACAUCCUCUCAGCCCGGAGCACCAGGCCGCGAGAGUCGCGACAGACCAACACUUUUGGCACGCUCGGUGGGACUUGUCAAAAACUUAUGGUGGAAACUAGGGCACAGGCAAAACUCAAAAACAAAACAGUCGAAAUGACUUCCGAGGCUCCUGAGUCCACCUCACCAAUCAUUGUCAUCGAGACCGAACACGCGGUCAGAACCUUGGCCAGCGGUCCAAUAACGACGGAUCGCACGGCCGAGUCCAUGGGAGAGCAAGCAGUCGUCGAAGAUCUGAUGGCGAAGUAG